AUGGCUUCCGACAGAGAUAUCUUGCCCAGCUGGGUCAAGCCAUCCCACUACUCCCUCUCCAUCUUCGACAUCGAGUUUGGUGGCCAGUUCUCGUACCAGGGAAAGGUCGCGAUCAACCUCAACAUCAGCAACACCGAAAGCUGGAGCGAGAUCGUUCUCAACACUCUCCAGAUCAAGGUCCACAGCGCCGAGUUGGUUGUAGAGGGAUCUCCGCGGGAGGUCCAGAACAUCUCCUACAAUGAGAAGCAGCAGCGAGUCGCAUUGGACUUUGGGGAGAAGUUCCAGUACACUGGCGAAGCUGUUCUGAACAUCAAGUUCGAGGGAACCAUCAACAACGUCAUGGCUGGUUUCUACCGCUCUAAAUAUGUGCCCAAGGGCGAGGUGGCCGCUUCGGUUGCCAAAGAUGACGAGUACCACUACAUGUUCAGCACUCAGUUUGAGGCAUGCGAUGCACGCAGAGCCUUCCCCUGCUUCGACGAACCCAAUCUGAAGGCCACUUUCGACGUCGACCUCGAAUACCCAGAGGAUCAGGUGGCUCUGAGCAACAUGCCGGAGAAGGAGGUCAAGUCGAGCAGCAAGCCUGGCUUUAAGGUCACUCAAUUCGAGCGCACACCUAUCAUGUCCACAUACCUCUUGGCUUUCGCUAUUGGUGACUUCGAAUACAUCGAGGCUUUUACCAAGCGCGAGUACAAUGGCAAGAACCUUCCUGUUAGGAUCUACACCACGCGCGGCCUCAAAGAGCAGGGACGCUUUGCCUUGGACAAUUGCCACAAGGUUGUGGACUUCUUUUCCGAGGUUUUCCAGAUUGAUUACCCUCUUCCCAAGGUCGAUCUGUUAGCUGUCCAUGAAUUUUCACACGGUGCUAUGGAGAACUGGGGUCUCAUCACUUACCGAACGACCGCUGUGCUCUUCGACGAAAAGACUUCCGCCGCCAGCUACAAGAACCGUAUCGCCUACGUUGUUGCACACGAGCUUGCCCACCAGUGGUUCGGCAAUCUCGUCACAAUGGAUUGGUGGAGUGAACUCUGGCUCAACGAAGGCUUUGCCACAUGGGUUGGCUGGUACGCUACUGACCAUCUUUAUCCCGAAUGGAACGUUUGGUCACAGUUUGUUACCGACUCCGUCCAACUAGCUUUCGCUUUCGACGCCCUGAGAACUUCUCAUCCAAUUGAAGUGCCGGUUUACGAUGGCCUCGAGGUCGACCAGAUCUUUGAUCACAUCAGCUAUCUCAAAGGCAGCUCUGUCAUCCGCAUGUUGAGCGCCCAUCUUGGGGAGAAGGUCUUCUUGCAGGGUGUUGCCGACUAUCUCAAAGCCCACAAAUACAGCAAUGCCACCACGAACGAUCUUUGGUCGGCUUUGAGCAAUGCUUCCGGAAAGGAUAUCAACAGCUUCAUGGAUCUUUGGAUCCGUAAGAUCGGAUUUCCUGUGGUCACUGUCACCGAGGAGCCCGGUCAGGUUAGCCUCCGCCAACAGCGCUUCUUGCUCUCUGGCGACGCAAAGCCAGAGGAGGAUGAAACUGUUUGGUGGAUUCCUCUUGGUCUCCACACCGGAUCCAGCGCCGCAAACGCUUCUGGACACAAGACUACAGCUCUCACGCAAAAGGAGGACAUUGUCCGCGACAUUGAUGACUCUUUCUACGUGAUCAACAAGGACUUUACUGGUUUCUACAGAACUAACUAUCCCCCACAGCGGCUCGCCAAGCUUGGUGAUUCCAGGCACCACUUGAGCGACCCGAACAAGAUUGGUCUCAUUGGUGACGCCUACGCAAGCGCAGUCGCAGGCCACGCUUCAACUGCUGGCUUGCUUGCUCUUAUUGAGCGUUUCCAGGACGAGACGAACUACUUGGUUUUCUCUCAGAUCGCCGCAUCGUUGGGCAGCGUUCGCAGCAUCUUCUCGGGGGUGGAAGACAUCAGUGAAGGAUUGAGGCAGUUCCACCUCAAGCUUUUCACUCCUGCGGUUGAGAAGAUCGGCUGGGAGUACAAGGACAACGAGGACUUCCUUACCGGUCAACUGCGCAACCUCUUGCUCACCUCGGCGGGUAUUUCAGGACACGAGCCCACAAUCAAUGAAGCCAAGCGCCGAUUUGAUCUCUACGUGUCUGGAAAGGACAAGUCUGCCGUGCACCCAUCCCUCCGAAAGACCAUCUUUUCCAUCUCCGUCAAGUACGGUGGACGUGAGGCCUAUGAGGCCGUCAAGAACGAAUAUCUCACCAGCGAUUCCAUCGAUGGCAAGGAGAUCUGCCUGGCCUCUCUUGGCCGCGUCCAAACCACCGAGCUCGCUCAAGAGUUCCUGGCGUUCAAUUUCUCCGAAAAAGUCGCCAUGCAGGACAAGCACACUGGAACCGUUGCCCUCGCCUCAAACUCCAAGGUCCGCCCCGAGGUGUGGAAGUUCAUCCGAGAGAACUGGGAUUCCGCCGUCCACCCGCAACUCUCUGGCAACUUCGUCGUGCUUGAGCGCUUCCUUCGCUUCGGCCUGAACAAGUACACUGAUGCUUCGGUUGCCGAUGAGAUCCAGGAGUUCUUCAAGAACAAGGACAACAGGGGCUACGACAAGGGAUUGGCGGUGGUCGACGAUACCAUCCGCAGCCACGACAAGUACAAGUCCAGGGACGAGCAGAUCAUCCGUGAAUGGUUGAAGACCAACGGAUACAUCCAGUGA